CUGGAACUGAUCUGAUGAUAAAACCAAGGCCCUUCAGACAAGAUCACAUAGGAGGAAACCUUGCUUCCAAAUGAACACACCAACAUUCAGAAUUUCUACUUAUUCAAAGUUGUUCCUGUAAUUGACCUUAAUGAGGCGAGAGCAGACUGACUAGCGCCAACUCUGGACGUCACCGCGUUACUUCACUCCCCAAGAAGCCGUCCUUUGGAGCAUUCAGCUUGACCAUAUCUGCUUUGAAGACUCACUAUGAACAAAGAAGUCUCCCAGGUGUGAAGUUCAUCAACAUGAGUGGCCUUGGGGACAGUUCAUCCGACCCUGCAAACCCAGACUCACACAAGAGAAAAGGAUCGCCAUGUGACACACUGGCAUCAAGUACUGAGAAGAGGCGCAGGGAGCAAGAAAAUAAGUAUUUAGAAGAACUAGCUGAAUUACUGUCUGCUAACAUCAGUGACAUUGACAGCUUGAGUGUAAAACCAGAUAAAUGCAAGAUCUUGAAGAAGACAGUAGAUCAAAUACAGCUAAUGAAGAGAAUGGAGCAAGAGAAAUCCACAACCGAUGAUGAUGUGCAGAAGUCCGACAUCUCGUCGAGCAGUCAAGGAGUGAUAGAGAAGGAGUCACUGGGGCCUCUUCUGUUGGAG